AUGACAACCCAGCUGAAGCUCACUACGACGCCCUUCGCAUUGGCAGCUCUACAGCUGAAAAGCAGGCACCAAGCGCCUUGCAAUACCACGCUGAGUUUGGCCGUGCCAUUGCCUUGGAGCGCAAGUUCAGUGAUGGAGCCAAGAAGAAGACGACCCGUGAGCUGCUCAAUAAAAGCAUUGCCAGCUUCAACAGGGGAGUGA